UAAAACUUAAAACCAAAAACUUCAAAGUUAAACAAAUUAACAGAGCAAUCGGUUAAAACCAUCUUACCCAAAAAUGGAACAUCUUGCAGAAAGCGGUUGGGGGGCAGGAACACUCGGGUGCCACUUGGCGCGUCGUCUGGUUCAGAUUGGAGUUCGUGAUGUAUUCUCAGUUCCCGGAGACUUCAAUCUCACUUUACUUGAUCAUCUAAUAGCUGAGCCGGGUCUUAAUCUAGUCGGUUGCUGCAACGAGCUCAACGCUGGCUAUGCCGCCGAUGGCUAUGCACGUGCUAAGGGAGUCGGUGCUUGUGUGGUCACCUUCACUGUCGGUGGAUUAAGCGUUCUGAACGCCAUCGCCGGCGCCUAUAGUGAGAAUCUUCCGGUCAUUUGUAUAGCCGGUGGUCCUAACUCUAAUGAUUAUGGAACAAACAGGAUCCUCCAUCAUACCAUCGGAUUGCCGGACUUCACUCAGGAGCUCCGGUGCUUUCAGACUGUUACUUGUAUUCAGGUAGUGGUGAAUAACUUGGAAGAUGCUCAUGAGCAGAUUGAUACUGCAAUUUCAACUGCUUUGAAGGAAAGCAAACCGGCAUAUAUAAGCAUUAGUUGCAAUUUGCCUGGACUUUCUCAUCCAACAUUUGUCAGGGAACCUAUUCCUUUCUUCCUAGCACCCAUGGUUAGUAACCAGUUAGGUUUAGAGGCAGCAGUUGAAGAGACAGCAAGAUUCCUAAACAAUGCUGUCAAGCCUGUGUUAAUUGGAGGUCCAAAGCUAAGAGUAGGAAAAGCACAGAAAGCUUUCAAGGAACUUGCUGACGCAUGUGGAUAUCCUAUAGCUAUUAUGCCUUCAGCCAAAGGAUUAGUGUCGGAGGACCACCCGCAUUUCAUUGGCACGUAUUGGGGAGCUGUAAGCACUAGCUACUGUGGUGAAAUUGUAGAAUCAGCCGAUGCUUAUGUUUUCGUCGGUCCCAUUUUCAACGAUUACAGUUCAGUUGGGUAUUCUUUGCUGGUUAAAAAAGAGAAAGCGGUUAUAGUUCAACCACGUCGUGUGACUAUUGGUGAUGGUCUUUCGUUGGGAUGGGUUUUCAUGGCGGAUUUCCUAACUGCAUUGGCGAAGAAGCUGAAGAGGAAUGAGACUGCGUUUGAGAAUUAUAAGCGGAUUUAUGUUCCUCCUGGCAUUGUUUUGAAACGUGAGAAUGAUGAGCCUUUAAGGGUUAACAUUCUCUUCAAACAUAUUCAGGAAAUGUUGAGUGGAGAUACUGCUGUAAUUGCUGAGACAGGAGAUUCAUGGUUCAAUUGUCAAAAACUCGUCCUUCCAGAAAAUUGUGGAUACGAAUUUCAGAUGCAAUAUGGCUCCAUCGGUUGGUCAGUUGGUGCUACACUUGGUUACGCUCAGGCCGCCAAAGAUAAGCGAGUGAUUGCAUGCAUAGGCGAUGGGAGUUUCCAGGUGACAGCUCAGGAUAUUUCGACGAUGAUCCGUUGUGGGCAGAACACUAUCAUAUUCCUGAUCAACAAUGGAGGAUACACAAUUGAAGUGGAAAUUCACGAUGGCCCGUAUAAUGUGAUCAAGAAUUGGAACUACACUGGCUUGGUUAAUGCAAUCCAUAAUGGGGAAGGAAAAUGUUGGACUGCUAAGGUAAAAACAGAGGAAGAACUGAAAGAAGCAAUUGAAACAGCAAAAGGCGAACAUAAAGAUUCAUUGUGCUUCAUAGAAGUGAUAGUUCAUAAGGAUGAUACAAGCAAAGAACUUCUUGAAUGGGGAUCUCGAGUUUCUUCUGCAAAUAGCCGUCCUCCCAAUCCUCAAUAAAACUGCAAAUGCUCCAAAUAAUGUGAGUCUCACUUUCAAGUCAUGUAUCCAUGGAUAAAAGAAUAAAAGUGAACCAUGUUGCAUUUCUAUUUCUAGGUUAACUUGUUGGAUUUGUUGACUCUGCUUGUACUAUGAUUGUAAUUUUUCAAAUUCUGUUCAAACUUGCUGUUGAGAUUUAAUAAUUUGCUAGAAAAUGUAUGUUUCUUGA